UAUUACCCUUCCCUGCGUUCUCAGUUAAUAAUUAAUUCUCACCUUGGCAAGCUCGGGGGGUACUCGGUUUUGCACCAGCUGAUGAAAGUCCCGCUCUUCAGUGCAAGUACAGUGGAAAGUACAGCCAAACAACUCUACAGGCUCAACACUUCGCUCGUGAAGCUAACUCGCUCCAACCUCUACACAGAAUGCCUCCAACUGUUCGUCCGAAUCCGCGGGACUCCUCGCUUGAAGCCGGACCACUACACUCUCUCCAACGCCAUCACUGCUUGCGCCAAUGCUCGCAACGCCACGUUGGGCGAGCAGCUUCACGCCCACGCUAUUCGGGCCGGCUUCAAAGCUUACCCCCACGUUGCCAACACCCUCCUUUCGCUCUACGCGAAAGCGGAAGAUAUGGGCUCUGUGAAGAGGGUGUUUGGGGAAAUUGAGAACCCAGAUGUGUACUCAUGGACGACGGUGAUGUCGGCUUGUGCGAAGCUUGGGGAAGUUGACUAUGCCUGCGAGGCGUUUGAUGAAAUGCCUCACAGGGAUGUGGCAGUUUGGAAUGCCAUUAUUACUGGGUGUGCAGAUAAUGGGCAUGAGGAAAUUGCCUUCGCCAAAUUUAGGGAAAUGCAUGAGCUGGGUAUUAGGCAUGAUAAUUAUAGUUUCGCCUGCGUUCUGAGCUUGUGUUCUUUGGAGCUGCUUGAGUUUGGGAGGCAGGUGCAUUGUUUAGUUACUAAGACGGGAUUUCUAAUUAAGGCCUCAGUCAUUAAUUCCCUGCUUACAAUGUACUUUGACAGCGAACGUGUUGGCGAUGGUUACAAAAUCUUUGAUGAUGCUGAAGUGCGUGAUGAAAUCACCUUCAAUGCAAUGAUAGAUGGUCUUGUGGGAAUAAGUAGAGAUUAUGAGGCACUUUUGAUGUUCAGGGAAAUGCAAAGGUCUGGGCUUAGACCUACUCAGCUCACCUUUGUAAGUCUCAUGAGUUCAUGUUCGUUGGAGAGAGAUGCUGCUCAACUACAUGUUCAAGCUAUCAAAAGGGGUCUUGAAUCUUGUACUGCAGUUAUUAAUGCUGCAAUUACCAUGUACUCUGGCUGUUGCAACAUAGAGGCAGCUAAGACGGUUUUUAAUAGAUUGGAUAAGAAGGAUCUUGUGUCUUGGAAUGCCAUAAUCUCCAGCUAUGCUCAAUUAAAUUUUAGUAGAUCUGCGAUCUUGACCUACCUACAAAUGCAAAGGCUUGGUUUUGAACCUGAUGAAUUUACUUUCGGAAGUUUGUUAACUAGCUCUGAGUCGACAGAAAUAGUGGAGAUGAUUCAUGCCCUUUUACACCAAAAGGGGCUCCUCUUGAAUAUUCAAGCUUCCAAUGCAUUAACUUCGGCAUAUUCCAAGCAUGGGAAGAUGAUGCAUGCCUUCCAAGUGUUUCAAGACAUAUCUUUGAAAAAUCUGAUCUCAUGGAAUACCCUAUUUUCUGGUUUGCUGUCAAAUGGUUUUCCACUGCAGGGCUUACAAUUCUUUUCUGAGAUGUUCAUUUAUGAUCUUAUGCCAAACGCAUAUACUCUCAGUAUUGCUCUGGCCAUUUGUGGUACCCUCUGUUCCUUGGGACAUGCAAGACAGAUUCAUUGCUACAUCAUCAGAAAUGCAUUUCUCUCAGAGGCAUCUUUGAGUAAUGGACUGAUCACAGUGUAUUCAAAAUGCGGAGUUCUGGACUCUUGCUUGAGAGUGUUUAAUAAGAUGCCCGCGAGAGACAUAGUAUCAUGGAAUGCCCUUAUUUCUGCUUUUGCUCAGCAUGGGAAAGGGAAGGAAGCAGUGAACUGUUUUGAGGCAAUGCGGAAUGAGUCCAAGUGUAAACCGGAUGUAGCCACUUUUACAGCAUUACUAUCUGCUUGCAGCCAUUGUGGUCUGGUUAGUGAUGGUACUCGCAUAUUUGACUUUAUGGUAAAUACAUAUGGCCUUACACCUCAAGAGGACCAUUUCUCAUGUAUGCUUGACCUUCUUGGUCGAGCCGGAUAUCUAGAUGAGGCUGAAACAGUAAUAAACAGUCAGCAUUUUCAAGCACAUUCCAGCUUAUGGUGGACAUUGUUCAGUGCUUGUGCAUCUCAUAACAAUUUAAGGUUUGGAAGAGUUGUUGCCAAGUUGAUUCUGAAAAACGAGCCAGACAAUCCAUCAGUUUAUGUGCUUUUGUCAAAUAUAUAUGCAUCUGCUGGUCAAUGGGAUGAGGCUGCAAAUGUGAGGAAGAUGUUGAAGAGCAAUGGGGUUACAAAGCAACGCGGUUGCAGCUGGAUCAGAUGUUAAUCCAGUUGAACAGUAGAUAUACAUUAUCCUGGUAUUGGAAACAUUACAGGCUUGAAACGGGAUGUUAAGCGAGAGCUGUGCUGGGAUAAAGUCUGGUAGGAAUUUCCUGCAAUUAUAUGGUGAACUUCCUGUAAAUAGAGUAGGUGCUCCUCUGUUGAGUGAAGUAUAAGCUGUACGUACUAGCCCAUGAACGUGUACAUUCAUGGAUACUGUAGAGGGUUUGCUAAUAUGCAUGAUUUUACCCCAAAACUUGUUUCAAACGGUUCGUCUUUUGUCACAAUUGUUCUCAAAAUUUUUACUCCGAUGUUACUCAUAGUAGGUUCCAGAUAAAACAAUCUUUGUUAUGACUUGUCCCAUGUCCUGUACAUUCUUUGAAUUAGCUAAAUUUGAGGAUGGAUUAUGUC